AUGCAUCUUCUCCGAAAGGUGACAACCGGGGCGGAGAAGAUGGCCAAGACGGCAACCUUCAAAAGCCAGAAGUACACCUUCCAGAACAUGCUGGAGAUGCAGGUUCGGAUACUGCUGGAAGAGGAUGCAGAAGGCAUGCUACAGGCUGCAAAGCAGGACCUCGACACUGGCAUCCCGGUGGUGGGGAAGCGCAGGGAAGAGCAUGCAAGGAGGAUCCGGGAACAGUACAAGCUGAUCGUCGAUACUACUCGACCUUUCACGGAAUUUACGGUGCUACCUGAGCAGUUCAGAACUGUCAACAUGCGAUCUCCCAUGGUCCUCCUCACUGUGGGGAUCUGCUUGCCCGAUGGCGUGCUGAGCAUUGUCAUGGUAAAGCAGAAGCUGACACCGUCGGAGCUGGCCUUCACCAUCAACGCAGGCUACCUCCGCACACCCUCAGCAAAGAAAGUCCGUGCGGAUAGCCUGGAGGAGGCGGUUCUCUCCUUUGGUCUGCCAGUUGGUUUUGCGCGAGAAGCGCUUCUGGAGGAUGUCGUGCGAAGCGAAGAAUCCGGUGCACUUGGUCGGACACCUGGCGCCACCCCGCGGGGUGGGGCAACCCCCCGACAAUCUGUGCCAGACGUGCAGGUGCAGCCUCAACGGCUGCCUCCGAAGCCCGGAAUCGGUGCGGAUCGGGUUCCCAGCGCUGCGGACCAGGAAUGGGAAGCGUUGAUGCAGCAGGCACAGCCCCAGCGGCUGCCUCCGAAGCCCGGAAUGGGUGCGGAUCGGGCUCCCAGCGGAGCAGACCAGGAAUGGGAAGCAUUGAUGCAGCAGGCGUCGCAUCGGCCUGCUCGCGGACCAGGUAGGGCGGCCAGCGCUGCCGACCAAGAAUGGGAAGCAAUGCUGCAAGAGGCGAAGUCUUCUCGGCCGGCACACACACCGACUGUUGCAGAAAUGGAAUGGCAAGCACCAUGCCAGGCUACAUGCCAGACUGGGCAGAACGAGUGGGAUGCCUUCCUCCAGCAAGAGCUGCAGAAACAAAGAUCAUCCAGGAUGCCGGAGGCAGAGCCCGUGCAGGUAAUGCACACGCCUGCCGCCGCACCAGCUGCGCUUGGCUCUGGAACCUCGACCCCAUCGCAAGGCAAGCCGGCACUUAUGCGGUCCAGGGCCAUCCUAGUCAUGGCCAUGCUGGCGGCCAUGCUGGCGGCCAUGCUGGCGGCCAUGCUGGCGGCCAUGCUGGCCAUCGUUCGCUUCCCACACGCCCAGCUGGUUCGAAGGAGUCCAAUCCGUGGCCAAGUCACUCCGUUCCCUCGGUACCUGGCCCUGUGGGACACAGCCCGGAUGCGAGGAGACGGAGGGCUGGCCGGGCAGCUCGAUGCGGCAGGUAUCGUGCCACGCGGAUUCAUCCCAGUCGAGGGCCAGGUGGAGUUCUUCUCGCAGCCGCUGCGCCGCUAUGUGCCAGCUUUGCUCGUGGGCCUUGCGGUGGAAGCGACAAGUGCCGGGCCGCCGGGCUCCCUCUGCGUCGUUCCUUCGGGCUGCGCUCAGCUGCUCUUCAGCAUAGUCCUGAAAGUGCGAGAGGAAUGUGCCAGGACCAAUGUGGGGCUCGGAAUAAUUAGCAAACACUAUCCUGUGAUAGGUUCGGCCUGA